AUUUGUUGCAGGGGUCGAAGCAAGCAAGCGGAGGUCUUUCCUUUCCCAAAAGAAAAAAACCGAGAAGGGGGGAGAAAGAAAGAAAGGUCUACACAGGAAAAAAGGUGGUCCCACUCCGAAAACACCGUUUCCAAGCAGGCGGUCUCAGUUUCAUACUUUUCUUCUCAUAUCGCUUCGUCUCUAAAGUGAUACAAACAAGUUAACAACCGUUAUUUUUGGACUCGACUUGUUCAUGUUAGCAAAUACUAUGGAGAUGCUAUCUUUCUAGCCGGAUUAAAGUUUAAGAAAUGCGGUAAAAUGGAGAGAAGAGCUGAAACUGGAGUGGAGAGGCUGGCGCUGGGAAUCUCGCCUUCGUACUCCCACCAUCGCCUGUAAGAAAAUCCCUCUUAAGAUUUAUACUUUUGUAAAUUUCACAUCGACUGGAUUUCAGGCAAUUCUGAGGUGUUGUUUGGAGAAGUGACUGACUGUGGGACUGGACGUGUCCCUUCGUUGCAUUUGCCGGUGUGGCACUGCACCGUGCACCGAUUGGAUGUUGCCUGGAAGAUGAGGAUGUGCUGCUGGCACCAGGAAGGAAGGAUUUUGAUGUGAUGGGGUGCAGGACGAGCAAAGUCCUCCCAGAGCCACCCGCUGACGUCCAACUUGACCUAGUCAAAAAGGUAGAGCCACAUCAGACUGAUGUCUACAAAAACUUCAUCAAAAGUGACGGUGGCAGGGAAAAAACAGGCUCGCCAUCCCCUCAGGGUCAAAGCCAGGCUGCUGCGAAGGUGAGCCAGUCUCCUCCUCCGGCUAACGGCCAGCCGGAGCCUGCUGACCCACACCGGAAAAAAGUAGCCAAAUACAGGGCCAAAUUUGACCCUCGAGUGACUGCUAAAUAUGAUAUCAAAGCUUUGAUAGGCCGGGGCAGUUUCAGUCGGGUAGUACGAGUGGAACACAGAAGCACACGGCAGCCGUACGCCAUCAAGAUGAUCGAAACUCGCUACCGAGAGGGCAGAGAAGUAUGUGAAUCUGAACUUUGCGUGCUGCGACGGGUGCGCCACACCAACAUCAUCCAACUGAUGGAGGUGUUCGAGACAGCCGAGCGGGUCUACAUGGUGAUGGAAUUGGCCACCGGUGGAGAACUGUUUGACCGUAUCAUCGCCCGCGGGUCUUUCACAGAAAGGGACGCCACGCGGGUGCUACAGAUGGUUCUUGAUGGGGUGAAGUACCUUCAUACGUUGGGCAUCACGCACAGGGACCUCAAGCCUGAAAACUUGCUUUACUACCAUCCUGGUGCUGAUUCCAAGAUUAUGAUCACAGACUUUGGCUUGGCCAGCACGCGGAAGAAAGGCGACGAAUGCCUGAUGAAGACUACCUGUGGAACGCCUGAGUACAUCGCUCCGGAGAUACUCGUUCGAAAGCCGUACACUAAUGCGGUAGACAUGUGGGCGCUGGGAGUCAUCUCCUACAUACUGCUCAGUGGAACCAUGCCUUUUGAGGAUGACAAUCGCAUGCGUCUGUACAGACAGAUUCUCAAAGGGAAAUACAGCUUCUCUGGGGAGCCAUGGCCGAGUGUUUCCAAUCUUGCUAAGGACUUCAUUGACCGUGUCCUCACGGUGGAUCCCACUGAGCGUCUGACUGCGGGCCAGGCACUUAAACACCCUUGGAUUGUCAGCAUGGCUGCUUCCUCCUCCAUGAAGAACCUGCAGCGUUCCAUUUCCCAGAACCUCUUGAAGAGAGCGUCAUCACGCUGCCACAGCACCAAAUCAGCACAGUCCACUCGCUCCAGCCGCUCCACGAAGUCCAGCAAGGCGCGACGCGUUCGCGAGAAGGAGCUGCGAGAACUCAAUCGCCGCUACCAGCAGCAGUGUAACGGUUGAGAGCAACGUCACAAGUGUCUGCGUGUACCUUAAGAAAAAAAAACAUUGGAAAGAGCAGAACAACAUUGUGCCUCAAUUUAGAUGUCAACUUCCUGCUCCAUCACCACAGAGCCAAUUAGCAGAAAACCUCCUUCUAAACUUUUCUAUUUUUCUGCUGUUUCUCUCUCGUUUAUUACCUGUUAUGUGAGUGUUUUAUUUAUUUAUUGGUGUAUUUUCAUGUCCAUGUUGUCUUUGGAAAUUAUCUCAUUCAGCCUUUUUACCUGAUUGUAUCUGUUGAACAGAAUUUUACAUUUUAAGUUGCUGGAAGGACUAAGAAUACGCCUUCCUGAUUUUUGCUGUGAAUUAUUUGUUACGGUACCCACCCAGAAGAUUGCUCUUCUGACGGGGGAAAUGUGCUGUUUAUUCAUUAUUAGCAACAAAUCACAUGACCUUGUGAUUGUUUAUUGUGCCUUAAUAUCACUUUGAACAUGAGGGAAGGUAAGAAUCAAAUGAGUUGGAAGUAACCACGUAUAUAUCACAUUUGUAAUGAUACACACAUUGUAAUCUGUUUAAUUAUGAGCCUUAAAGGGGUGGUUUACACAAGUAUGAAAAUUCUGUCUUCGUUUACUCAUGCAAGGAGCACAAAAAAAAGAUAAUUUGAAGAGUCCAAGUCAGUGGGGUCCAAAACAACACUAGAACUCACUGACUUUAAAUGUAUGGUCAAAAAAAGAAACCAGUUUCCACUGACUUAAAAUUGCUCUUUUUAUAUGUACACUACCAGUCAGACGUUUUUGGACAGUAAGAUUUUUGUGUUUUUUAAAGAAGUCUCUUCUGGUCACCAAGCCUGCAUUUAUUUGAUUUAAAGUACAGGAAAAGCAGUAAUAUUGUGAAAUAUUUUUACUAUUUAAAAUAACUGCUUUCUAUUUGAAUAUAUUUUUACAUUUAAUUUAUUCCUGUGAUCAAAGCUCAUUUUUUCAGCAUCAUUACUUCAGUCUUUAGUGUCACAUGAUUCUUCAGAAAUCAUUAUAAUAUGCUGAUUUGCUGUUCAGUCAUUUUUUUUUAUUAUAAUACCAAUAUUUAAAACAGAACAUUUUUGUCAUUUUUGUACUUUUAUUUAGCAAGGAUGCUUUAAAUGAAUCAAAAGUGAUAAUAAAGGCAUUUAUAAUAUUUUAGAUAAUUGCUGUUCUUCUGAACUUUCUAUUCAUCAAAGAGACAUAAUAAUAAUAAAUGUUUUUUGAACCGCAAAACAGAAUAUUCGAAUAAUUUCUGAAGGAUCACUUGACUGGAGUAAAGAUGCUAAAAUUUUAGCUUUGAAAUCACAGGAAUAAAUUACAUUUCAAAUAGAAAGUAGUUAUUUUAAAUAGUAAAAAUAUUUCAAAAUUUUACUGUUUUUGCUGUUCUUUGGCUCAAAUUAAUGCUGCUUGGUGAGCAGAAGAGACUUCUUCAAAAACGUUUUUAGCAAAAAUUUUUGCUACUGUAUUUUGCAAGAUAAAAAGUCAUAGUUACCUUUUUUAUUUUCCAUUCUGUGGCAAAAACAGGCUUUCCUAUGAGGAUGAUAAAACAAGACAGAAGUCUCAUUUUUGGGUGAACAGUACCUUUAAGUCGGUCCCAAAACCUAAAUCUGCCCACUAUCUGUUGUUUAUCCUGAAUGGGAAACAACCAUCCCUUUUUAAUAUGGACCCUAAUGUUAAUACCAUUUGUUAAAACCUGUUAGAAAAUACAGAAAAUACUCUACUUGGCUUUAAAUCUUUAAAUUUGGUCAGUGAACAAACCUAUUCUUGACUUCUGCUCUUGGAUCUGUCUGUACAUGUGUUGUAGUAAUUAAUCAUACUAACUGAUAUUGAUUGCACUCUCAGUAUGGGCGGCAAGUAUCGGGAAACCCUGAAUCAGAAUCGGUUACUUUCUCUGUCACCAGCUGUUGUGCCUUGAGCAAGGCACUGAACCACCAUGAAGGCCUUUUGGCAGCCUUUUCACUCUCACCCCUCUCUGUCAGAAACCAGUAGAGAUGUGCCAAAGAAAUUCCUGUCUGCCUGUAUUAACAGCGAACAUUUGGUGAGAUCUGGAAUAUGAUUCCUGUGAAAAUAAUUACUGUUAAAUCUGUGAUGACAUGAAGACUUCUCAAAAUAUGUUCUUAAAUCUGUUCUUUGUUUUUUAUAAAAUCGCACAUCAAAAAAAUUAAGGAGAAAAGGAAUUUGUGUAUUUGACUUGCGUCCCGUUUCACAGCAAGUGCCUUGAAUUUGUUUUACAAAUAAUUUUUAUGAAAAAAUUGCAACAUCACCUUGGAUGGUUUCUUCCACAUUCUCUUACUUUUAAGCUUGUGUAGACUUUAGAAAAAUAUAUUUUCCUCUUUUUGGUUACAUUUAUUGGUUAAAUUCAACAAUUUUACCAAUCUGCAAAAUAUCUUGAGUUCUUUGUAGAAGGUUAAUUUAAAAAGUACUAGAAAUUUGAAUUGGUUAAAGUUGCUUGAGGGUUCAUAUGUGAGUGUUAAGGCUGUCAUACAUUAAGUAGUAUCCACUAAAAUAUUUUAUUAAAUCAAAAAAGAUUUUGGGAAGACCACUGUUUGUAUAUGCCUUUAUACCCCAAAUAUUCCUUUCUCUCUCAAGAAAAAAAAAAACUAUUUUA